UUCUCCACUCCUCCCCAUCAUGGCCUCUCUCCUUCUGCCCCUAUUUUUCCACCUUUUGUCAUCCCUCGCCGAAACCGCAGCCGCAGGGGCCACCCCCUCAUCUUCUCCAGCUCUCUUUGUUUCGUCUGACCCCCCUGCGCACGACACCGCAGGUUGCCUCAAAACAUCCUAUUAUGGCACAUAUGGAGGAGCACCGAAGGAGCAGGAUCAUAUAUAUCUUCCUACCGCCGAGUGUCUUCUCACCGUAUCAGCCUUGGACGCUGUCACAUCAGGCUCUAUCGUUUCAGUGAAUGAUUUGAUGCUUGGUGAUGGUGACCGCCUGGUCUGGGUUGGCCGCUCUGGUGUAUCGCACAAAGAUAGUCAAGUCGUACCUCUCAUAGAGGAAAGCUGGAACUUAAUCUCUAGCCACUCACGUGAUAUCGUUUCGGAGAGUAAUAGCAGAGGUGUGGGAUAUGGCACCCAGCAUGUUCUCCAAAAGGCAAACGAGCUGCAUCACAUUCGUCCAAUCACACUGGUCCAUCAAACGGAACACUCGCUGCUUGUCAACGUUCCAUCAUCUUUUCUGCCAAUUUUUGACACUCUGCUUCCCCCUCAUCUGGUCCCCGUUGCGCUCCCAAUCGCUCCGUUACCUAUAUCAGUUUCAGGAUGGCAAUCUGUCCCCAAGAAAUUUGCCAAGCACCUUGCGAAUAUCACCGAGCAUCUGAGCUUUUCACCGGAGUUAGACAGAAUCGUGUCUGAAGGCAUCAGGUUGAAUCAGAUAAGGAGAGACGUUAGAUGGCUGACUGGGGAGGCACCCAGCGGGAUUGAGUCAAGGCACAGCUUCACUUCUGGGGCUGUUAAAGCCGCCCAGUGGAUAUCAUCCCAGGUAGAAAGCACGGGCGCUGAUUGCUCUUUACAGUAUUUCCUCUCUGGUUUUGCUCCCAAUGUCAUCUGUCACUACCCAUCCACCCUCAAUUCCACGGAGCGUGUCAUAUUCUCCGCCCAUUAUGAUUCUCGCGGUUCUUUUGGUUCUACUCGAGCUCCUGGUGGCGAUGAUGAUGGUUCUGGCACAGGUCAUCUCUUGAGCCUCGCUCGCGCGAUCAGUAAUCAGGGGAUUGUGUUUGAGAAAGCAGUAACCCUUGCCUUUUUCGCUGGAGAAGAGCAAGGACUGCUCGGUAGUCACGCUUAUGCGGAGUACUUAAAUUCCCAAAACGCGACGGUCCUACUGCAAGUUCAAGCUGACAUGCUCGGCUAUCAUGCCCCUGGCGAACCUUUGCAGCUGGGUUUACCAGAAACUAUACACCUUCCUGAAGCAAGCUAUUUGAUUGGUAACCUUUCCCAACUCUAUUCUCCAGAGCUUGUUGUUGGGAAGACUGCAGCAUGCUGCUCCGAUCACCAAAGCUUCGUUACCUACGGCUUCCCCGCCACACAAGUUUUCGAGCGCAAUGGCCCCAUUGUGGACCCAAUGUACCAUAAUUCCGGGGAUGUCUCUCAAAGGGAGGGAUAUGAUUUUGAACAAAUUGUAUCUAUCGCAAAGGUUACACUGUCAGCAUUGCUUACCGUGGCUGGGUAUAAAAGAGUGCCAGUUUAGUUGCGUAGCAGUGUAUAAAUCAUUCAGAAGACUCUUUUCCUUCAGAGUAUAUUUCGUACGACUGUGCAAACUGUUCUCUCUGAAUAUUCGUAAAGGGAUGAUGAUUAGAUAACAGACAUGAAUUUCGUUAUUUUAUGUUCUUGGUUAAUUUUCUUCUCCCUUUUGUUGGAGUUGCACAUUUCAAACCCUUGUAUGCAUUACUAUG